CUUUUCGAGUCAACAAGAACAUCUUUUUUUAUUUAACUGAGUCAAAUUUAUUUAAAAUGUGGAGUUUCUUUCUCAUUUUAUCAAUUUCAUUAUCUAUCACACAUGCAGAAGAAAGUGUUAAUCCGUGUGAUAGUUUGACAGCAAAUCAAACUUUCGCAAUUAAUCCACGAGGAUGUGACAUGUACUACUAUUGUGGAGAUAAUAACAUCCCAAAACCUGGUCGAUGUCCAACAGAGCCUGUAGUUCAUCAUUUUGAUAUAAAUAACCAAAGUUGUGAACUUCCUGAAGACGUAGUCUGCACAAUUGAUGAUGAGUUAUGGAACACAAAGUGUCCUGGCAUUGGGAUUGCUAAGAUUCCACACGAAUAUUCAUGUUCGGAGUAUUCAGUCUGCCUUGAUGAUCAACCAGUCGAUCGCACAUGUCCCGCUGGUCUUCACUUUUCACCUCACGACCAAGAAUGCCUGCAUCCUGAAAUCGCAAACUGUAAAACUGAUGAAUUAGUUUGCAAGGGAUCUGAUCCUUUUGUUCCAAAUUACAUUCCAAAUUCAAGAAAUUGCAGAGCUUUUUACAUCUGCUUCAACAAUAUUUUACAUCCAGUCUCAUGUGGACCCAAUCAGGUGUAUGAUAAAGAUAAUAAUCAGUGCGUGCCAUCCGGAGUUGUUGAUUGUGUGCAAACUUUAAACCCAGACCUAGAAGUUCCAGAUUCCCUAACCUAUGACUGCUCAAGUGUCAAGAACGGAUCACGACUUCCACAUCCAGAACAUUGUAAAUUCUGGUUCUGGUGCGUUAAUGGACGUUCUCAAAUGUUUUGGUGUGGCAAAGACGCCUUGUUCGAUUCCCCAACAAGAUUAUGUGCUGAGCAAAAUCAAACAGUUUGUGGCAACAUCAAUGCAAGUGCAGGAAUAGAACUUCAUGAUCUCUCAGAUCAAAUGGAAUACAAAGUAAUGCCUGAAAGUAAACAUGUGGUUCAUUUCUCAGUGAUACAGCCUAAAUUGGGUGUCUUGCGUUCGAUAAAAGCUGUACAAGAAGAGGAAAUUAAAGUCAGUGAUGAAACUAAGCCUGAGAAGUUUUAUGGAUUAUUUUGAGAUUUAUUAAACAAUUUUUUAAAUUUAUUUCAAAAAUAAAAUACAACAAAAAGUUAUAAAAUUAUAUAAAAAUGUCAAGCCUACCGCAAAAAUGAAAUAGAACUGUAAGAAUUAUUCCAAAAUAAAAGUAAUUUUAGAAAACAAUAAAAAGUUUAAAAAUGUCAGUAAGGAACGACUUGUGGCAUGGUCAGUAAUUUUUGGACUAGGUCCGACUCCUAAUCCUCUAUUGAGAUUCAUUUAAGUGCCAAAAAUUCUUCGACAUCCUUAGCAGUGACUUUAACAUCAAGCACCAAAUCGCCACCAUUGUUAUAAGAAUCAUUUUGGAACUCCAAAAAUCCAUCAAAUCUAUAAAUGCCAUUGACUUUCUUAAAUCCAUCUAGAUUUUUUGGCUUAAAAAGCCGAUGAUUUUGCUUCAUUGCUCCCGAUUCAGAGGAAUCAAUUAUAAUUUCACUGCGAUAAAAUCUCAUGCCACUUCUGGUUCGGUCUGUAUCCUUGAUGUCCAAUUGAUAGUAAAAUUUCGUAGCUAGCGAAUCGUAGAAUGAUUCUGAUUUAACUGGUGUCGAAAAUAAAGUCAGAUUCCACGAGACGGGAAUUUUUUCAAACUUUAUAGUUUGUGAUGUGACCUUGUCGAAAUACAAAU